AUGACGAUCAGGGUUAGUCUAAAAAAGACCUGUUUCGGUGGUCAAUAUUUCAAAGGAUUUUGUCUAUCUUUAGAGGAUUUAUAUUUCAAUGAUGGCGAGGAUCCGAUUUAUCAUUGUGAAACGUCGUUUCUAGUGCAUAUAACGGAUAAAUAUAUGAAUCAAAUUGUUCAAG